AUGAAUCAAACAGGUGGGCCUCAAUGGGCGAAUCCGGAGGUAACUAGACCCGAUGCGGUGGUGCAAGAAGAAGAGUUCUUUGCACCUCUCUCGACUUUGGAUGAACCAGUAAUGGAAACAAUUAUGAGGGACGUACAUGCCGUGGCCUCGAAGCUGAAAGUUGUUAUGCUGCCAAUGGAGCGCAAUAUCCCCUAUGGAGGAUACGCUGGAGUUUCCCAGUCUGAGAAUGUUGAGAUUACAGAUCGGGACAAGGAGAUCAUCCAACGAUUGAAGGACUGGGAUUUAUGGGGACCUUUGGUUGUGUGUUUGGGUCUAGCUGUCUUGCUAUCAUUUAAGGCGCCUGCAGGUCAAGCCAGCCUUGUCUUUGCAGCGGUUUUUUGCGCUGUCUGGAUAGGUUCUGCAGUUGUGACAGUGAAUGCGCAGCUGCUGGGAGGGACGAUCUCGUUCUUCCAGUCCGUUUGUGUUUUGGGAUACUGUGUGUUUCCAAUGACAUUGGCUGCUGUUGUCGUCGACCUUUUCAAGAUGAUACCCCUCGGUGCUUUUUCAACGUUGGUAGAACUGGCUGUUCUUGUAGUUGCUUUUCUGUGGUCUACAAGGGCUUCAUCGGUUUUUAUCGGUCAAUACAUUGCAGCUCCGAGAAGGGUCCUUGCUGUUUUCCCUGUGCUUUUCUUCUACACUUUCUUGGCAUGGAUGAUUCUAUUAUUCUAA